CAAUCGGGUCAAUUUGUACAAAAACUACACGAUAUAUAGAGAUCAAACUUAUAAUUUCCUUUAAAAUCAAUAUGAUACGGAACUCAAACAAACAAAAUCACAAGUGUCAUAUUUUGGAUAAAAUAUUAAUAAAAAUGGUAUUUUCAAAAAUAUAUUAUGAAUGUAUGACAUCCCUUUAACCCUUAUCGAUGACAAGUGCUUUCCACUUCCCAACACCACUCACCAACGAUGGGGUUCGAUUUGUCACCAGAAGCCCUCCUCCACCCACUCCUUUUUACCCACCAACCAUUUCCAAAUUUUAUACUCUCAAAACAUAUUAUUCCAAUUAAAUAUUUACAUACAAGAUUCAAAAAUUACAAAGUAAUUGCAAAACACUAACAAAAACCCCAUCUAGAUUUGCUUUUUUUCAACAAAGAAAAACGGUGCAGCUCUCCUGAGUCCACUCCAUAAACGACAAUGAGGGGAGGACUAUGGCAACUCGGGCAAUCAAUCACUCGUCGGCUUGCUCAAUCCGACAAAAAGACCAUCGCUCGUAGGUGCUACGCUUCAGAGGCCGACCUCAAGAAAACAGUCCUCUACGAUUUCCACGUCGCCAAUGGCGGAAAGAUGGUUCCUUUUGCUGGAUGGAGCAUGCCGAUCCAGUACAAAGAUUCAAUCAUGGAAUCGACCCUAAAUUGCAGGGAAAACGGUAGUCUUUUUGAUGUAUCCCAUAUGUGUGGGUUAAGUCUCAAAGGCAAAGAUGCAAUCGCGUUUCUUGAAAAGCUCGUGGUUGCUGAUGUUGCUGGACUUGCUCCUGGAACUGGAUCGCUGACUGUCUUCACAAACGAAAAGGGUGGAGCCAUUGAUGAUUCAGUGAUCACGAAAGUGACAGAUGAUCAUAUUUACUUGGUUGUUAAUGCUGGAUGUAGAGAUAAGGAUUUGGCCCACAUUGAAGAACAUAUGAAGGCUUUUAAAGCCAAAGGUGGGGAUGUUGGCUGGCAGAUUUAUGAUGAGAGAUCUCUUUUAGCUCUCCAGGGUCCUCUCGCAGGUUCUACUCUUCAGUUCUUGACUAAAGAGGACUUGAGCAAAAUGUACUUUGGGGAGUUUCGCAUAAUUGACAUCAAUGGUUCCAAAUGCUUUCUAACUAGAACCGGAUACACGGGUGAAGAUGGAUUUGAAAUAUCGGUUCCCUCAGAGAACGCGCUCGAUCUUGCAAAAGCAAUUCUUGAAAAAUCGGAAGGAAAAGUACGGUUGACCGGUCUUGGGGCCCGCGAUAGUCUUCGCCUUGAAGCGGGGCUUUGCCUUUAUGGCAAUGACAUGGAGCAACACAUAACACCCGUGGAAGCCGGGCUCACUUGGGCCAUUGGGAAAAGAAGACGGGCCGAAGGUGGGUUUCUUGGUGCUGAUGUCAUCCUCAAGCAAAUUGCAGAUGGCCCAUCGAUUAGGCGGGUUGGGCUUUUUUCUGCGGGCCCACCGGCCCGGAGUCAUAGUGAGAUUCAGAAUGAGAACGGGGAGAGUAUCGGUGAGGUGACAAGCGGAGGAUUUAGUCCGUGUUUGAAGAAGAAUAUUGCUAUGGGGUAUGUCAAGUCGGGGUUGCAUAAACCGGGGACUAAAAUUAAGAUUGCGAUCCGAGGGAAGACGUACGAAGGGUCAAUUACGAAAAUGCCCUUUGUGGCAACGAAAUAUUACAAGCCGUAGUAAUUUUUUUUGUUUGAAAGUGGAAGUGUUUUAAUGGCUACUUGGUUUAUGUUUAACUUGUUUCUUGUUGUCAAUACUUUUCUGGGCAUCGAAUGGAUGACUAUUUGUGUAUUUUUUUUUUUUUUCCCUUUUGCAUUACAUUUCCUCAAUUUGCCCAUUAGACAAGUUUUCUAAGGCUGUUUUACAUUAUGGAGGGCAUUCAUGUCUUUUACAUAUAUGAACAACGAUGGUGAGUUGGGCUCUAUCCCACCUUGUUCUACA